AUUAACUUUUAUUCGUUGUUUACUUUAAGUAACAUUGUUACUUUCAAGGAAUUUUCGCCUGUAGAAAAAACAGUCACACUUUGCAUAUUCCAGGAAUGCAAGGCUUGAGAAAACUCACCCAACGCAAAACACCCCAUCCAAGAUGACGAAGAGAACUAAAAAGGUUGGUGUGACCGGUAAAUAUGGCGUUCGUUAUGGUGCUUCUUUGCGUCGUGACGUCCGCAAGAUUGAGGUUCAGCAACAUGCUCGUUAUCAAUGCCCUUUCUGCGGUCGUAACACUGUGAAGCGCUCUGCUGCUGGAAUCUGGAACUGCCGCGGUAAGGCUUGCGGUAAGGCUAUGGCCGGUGGUGCUUGGACCGUCACUACUCCUGCUGCCACUAGCGCUCGCUCCACUAUUCGCCGUCUUCGUGAAAUGGUCGAAGUCUAAGUUCAAUAGACAGCUAUUCCAGUUACUUACAUUCAUGAAUUGAGGUGUAAUUUACGCGCGAUGCGGGAUAUAAAUUUGAGGGAAAUUAAAU